ACAGGGAGUGGACAGACUAGGUCUGGAACUUCCCAGAACACCCCAGCUCUUAAGUAGACUGCUUACCCUGCCCUAGUGGCAGCUCAAAGAGAGAGCAGAAACUCUUUUCGUGCCCAUUUGGCAAACGAGGGAACUGAGGCUUAGAGACACAGCAGUCAGUUGUUACUCAGCUGCUCAGUGGCCUGGCCUGGCUCUGGUCUGGCUCCCCAUAUUUCUAACAUCAUAGCUCUCCUUGGGCGUGGGGGAAGGCCUCAAGAUGACAACUAAUGUAUGGAGUAGGAGCUAUAGCUGUGUGCAAGACCUCAGCUGUGUGGAUCCCUGGGGUACAAGGCAAAAAGACUGGGCUACAGCAGAGAUUGCGGUUCCUAGGAGGUGGUUGGUUCCAUUAUUCACAUGGCCCUCACGCGUACUUAAGGUCUUUAUCUGCUCACAGGGGUGGUGACCCACUCUUCCCUGGGGUCCACCAGGCUCCCUGCUCUACCCUCUCUCUCCUGGCUUGUCAUCCAGCGCCUCAUAGGCUACCCCCUAAUGUCUAUUGCCAUCUCUCCCACGUACAUCCUCCCUUGUCUAAUUAUCUCGAGCAUUCCUCCUAACUCCAGCUCUUCCCCGAUUUAGUUGUUAACUCUGUGCCUCUGUGCGUGCGUGAGUGUGUGUGUGUGUGUUGUUGUUGUUGUAGAAUCUCACUCGGUAGCCCAGACUAGGUUUUCCUAUAUAGCCACACCUGGCCUCAAACUCUAGCUCCUCCUUUCUCAGGUCCCAGGCACUAGGGUAGAGCCACCCUGACUGGCUGUUCAACACUAGUUUUGAGCACCUAUGAGGUCAGAUGCUGAGCCGCACAGAGAUCAGGGUAGGCCAACAAGGCCUCUCUGCUCCUGGGGGACAGUGAGCAUCAGAUUUUGACAAAUGCUAUCAGGAAAUUAGCAGAAGGGGAGUGGGGUAAUUGAGGAAGGGCUUGUAUCAAGGCCAGAGGAGAGUCGCCCAGGCAGUGACAAAGGACUAAGCUAGCCAUGUGAUUAGCAUAGGGAGGAGACAAGGCCUGAGCUACAAAGGAAAUCAGCGUGUUUAGAAAGUAAGCCGGAUGGAGCGGUGGGGAGGAAGCCUGCUAAGUUUACUCCUGUCCCACGCUAAUUUGUCCGGGCAUCCCCUGCUCCUCCCAUGUCCACCUUGGCUUCUCCAGGAGACGGGCCGGUACCCUGCCUACAAAGAGAUGGUUUCUGAGUACUGCUGGCUGGACAGAUUGAGCAGUGGGGUGCUGCAGCAGCUGUCCCCGGCCUCAGAGAGUGGCUCCAGUGUCUCCUCCUAUGCCUCCAGUGCCCCGUGCAGCUCAGGCUCACUGCCCUCUGACCGCAUGGAUGUCUGCCUAGGGCCUGAGGAGCCCGGUGGCCAUGGCCCAGGCUGGGGGCGGGCAGACACGGCCAUGCAGACUGAGCCUGAUAUGGGCAGCUGUGUGGAAACUUGGUGCAGUGUACGGCCAACCGUCAUCCUCAGGGACACAGCCAUCCGCUCUGAUGGUCCCUCUUCCGUCCGACGCCUUGAUUCUGCACUUUCAGAGUCGCCCAAGACAGCUCUGCUGCUGGCCCUCAGCCGACCGAGGCCUCCCAUCACCCGAUCCCAGAGCCACCUGACACUGUGGGAGGAGAAGAAACAGCGGAAGAAGGAGAAGUCAGGGUCCCCCGGGGAGAAGAGGGCCUUGCAGCGCUCCAAGACGCUGAUGAACCUCUUCUUCAAGGGAGGGCGGCAGGGGCGGCCAGCAGGGGACGGGCACAGAGAGGCCUGGACACUGGACAGUAGAAGCCCCACCAAAGUCCGCCCUCGCCUGGACCUGGAGAAAGCCGGGAGCGUGGGGCCUGUGCAGAAGUUUGUCACCUGGAGACUGAGACGUGAACGGGAGAGGGGCCGGGCCCUGCUCUCUGCCAGGUCCGGAAGCCCCUCUGGCCAGCUGCCCAAUGUGGAUGAGCAGGUGCAGGCCUGGGAAAGUCGACGGCCCCUCAUUCAGGACCUGGCCCGGCGGCUGCUGACGGACGAUGAGGUACUAGCAGUCACUCGGCACUGCUCCCGGUACGUCCAUGAGGGUGGUGUGGAGGACCUGGUGCGCCCCCUGCUGGCCAUCCUGGACAGGCCGGAGAAGCUGCUGCUGCUGAGGGACAUCAGGAGUGUGGUGGCCCCCACAGACCUCGGCCGCUUCGACAGCAUGGUGAUGCCCGUGGAGUUGGAGGCUUUUGAGGCUCUCAAGAGCAGGGCAGUUCGGCCUUCUGCUUUGAGACCAACCAGGCAAGACACGCCACCCAAGCGUCACCUCAUCACCCCUGUGCCUGACAGCCGUGGAGGCUUCUACUUGCUGCCAGUGAAUGGCUGUUCAGAGGAUGACGACGGAGAGAUAAGGGAGAGGCUAGGGGGCCUUAAGGUCUCCCUCAGUGCCUCUGCCCCCGGCCACCACCAUAAAGGAAUCCCUCCUCUACAAGAUGUACCAGUUGAUGCCUUCUCUCCUCGACGAAGCGCAUGUACACCUCCUCCCCAACCACCUCCUGUGGCUCCCCGGCCUCCCAGGCCUAACUGGCUACUGACAGAACCCCCAAGCAAAGAGGGCACUCAGCAGAACCAGAGCCAGACCCCAGGUCAAAGCCGCAGCCGCAGCCGCAGCCGAGGGCGAGGCAAGUCCCCUGGGCGCAUUCGCUCCCCUUCCCCAGCACCCAUCACCAAUGCCACCACAGCCAACGGGCGCUAUCACAGGCCUCGGAAGGCAAGGCCCCUGCUUCCACGACCUCUGGAUGGGCAGGAGGCCAAGGUGGGAGCUAGGCAAGGGCCCCUGGAGAAUGGAAUUGGUGGGACAACCAAGGAGACGACCUGGAAAGCCUCCACUGGAGAGCUGAGGACCGUCACGCUAUCCAAGAUGAAGCAGUCUUUGGGCAUCAGCAUUUCUGGGGGCAUCGAGUCCAAGGUGCAGCCCAUGGUGAAGAUAGAGAAGAUCUUCCCCGGAGGUGCUGCUUUCCUAUGUGGGGCCCUGCAGGCUGGCUUCGAGCUGGUGGCAGUGGAUGGGGAAAGCCUGGAGCAGGUGACUCACCAACGAGCUGUGGAUACCAUCCGCAGAGCAUAUAGAAACAAGGCUCGGGAGCCUAUGGAGCUUGUGGUCAGGGUUCCUGGACCUGGCCUGCCGACCUUAUCCUCUGCCUCAUUAGGCAUUAACGACCAGAGCCUUCCUGAUGACAGUUCCUCUGCCCAUGGACCCCUUGACAGUACCCCAAUCCCUACCCCAGCUACCUCCCCCGAGGCUAGUGAACUAGAGCAGGCUCUCAACCCUGCACUUCAGGCUCCUCCAAGUACCCCCAAACUCUCACCUCUUCUGAAGGAUCCCCAUGACCCUUCCCACUGACCUUAAGGAUUACUGCUGCUCCCCGGUUUCCUGCAAUACUGAGGCCCCUCUGUCCUAUCUGCCUGGCAGUUGAGAGCACCAUACUGUGGCUGUGAUCUACUCCGGGCUGUCAAAGUCUCCAGCGUUUUAAGAAAAGCUGGAUGUCCAAGGACAAGGUUCUAGUGUUUGCAUUCCCUGGUCCUGGACCACUUCACAGUGAGGGGACAGAGAAAAAUCAAGUCUGAAGCCUGUAAGUGGUGUGAGGUCUUUUCAUGAUGCCCCUGGCUUCCCAUACUCUGAGAGGCUUAAACUCAGAGUCCUUAAGGAGGUUACUACAUCCAUCCCCCAGUCUCAAGCAGUAUUCAGUACAAACGACAGGGUGGAAGGCUUUUCCAAUUCCUCAGACCUUAGUAAGACUCAUGUUGUGGUCCACUAGGACCUCUGGCUCUACUGGAUUAGGCUCCUAUCCACCCCCACCCCCCCAUAAGAACUCCAUGAGGCAGGUGAGUAGCCAGCCAGCAAAGGGGACAAAGUUCCAGUCAGAUGUCAGAAAAGUUUGCCUGCAGUUCUUUAUCCAGCAUACUUUUUUAAAAACAAACUUUUUUUUAAAAUUUUUUCUUUGGGUUUGUACAAGAAAUUUACAGUGUGAAAAAUAUACAAGUGAAAAGGAGGCCAUAAACCUGGUAUUCAGAGGGGCUGCUUGGUCACGAACACAAAUAAACAAGACAUUGCUGAGUUC